UGUGACGUCACCAAGAAACGUUUUCAAAACUCCCAGCAACAGUGUGCAGAGACCGUGCCUUUUAACUGUGUAUUACAAAAAUGUCGGAAAACAAAAAUACACAUCACUGGUCUUCAGAGGAAACCAGCGUGCUGCUCGCGAUAUGGUCUUCCACAGAGAUCCAGGAGAAACUGGAGAGCUCGAUAAGGAAGAAAAGAGUUUACGAUGAGAUAAGCCAGGAAAUGCUGAACGGUGGCUUCAGUCGCUCGACCGAACAAAUCAUAAACAAGUUAAAAAAGCUUAGGAAGGAGUACAGGGACCUGAAAAGGAAACCAAGUAAAAGUGACAAUGAACAGAUUCCUAAAACAUUCGACCACAGCGUUAUGGAGUCUGUGCUAGAACACCGACCAGCCAGUCAUCUGACUGGGGCCUUGAAUUCAGCGACAGCCACGCUUGAGAAAAACGCGGACUCCGUCGUGUUUUCUGUAGCCGAGCUAGGUAGCAAAAUAGCCGAGCCCAAAACUGCUCAGCUGUGGUCUUCAAAAGAAACCAGUGCACUGCUUGCGAUAUGGUCUUCCACAGAGAUCCAGGAGAAGCUGGGGAGCUCAAAAAGAAGGAAAAGAGUGUAUGAUGACAUAUGCCAAGAGAUGGUAAACAAUGGGUUUACUCGUACCACCGACCAAAUCAUUAACAAACUAAAAAAACUUAAAAAGGAGUUCAGGGGCAAUAAGACGGAGAAAAGUAAAAGUGGCAGCCAAUGGAGCAAUAGAACCAUUAACUAUGAUGUUAUGGACGCUGCACUGGAACGCCUACCAGCGAGUCAAUUUACUGAAGCAUUAAAUUCAGCAACAGCCAUGCUUGAGACAAAUACGGAAUCGCUGUCUUCUGCAGCUGAUCUCCACUCUUCACUUGAGGAGGUGCUGGACCAAGCUGAAUCAUCUUUUAGCUCCUCUCAUCCCCAACCAAGAAAGCCUCUGGGAAGAACCAGAAUAAAGAAGAGGGAUUCAAACCAGGAGCUGCUGGAAUACUUGAAAACUGCCGAUGAACGGUUUAUGGCACACGCCAAAGAACUUAAUACUGCCAUUCUUAAUAAAAUGGAUGAAGCUACGAAUUCUAUGCUGGGACUAUUAGGACGCAUGCUGGCACUAAUGGAGGAACAGCAGGGAAAUAAGCCAUGAGCACAGGAUUCCUUUUGCACGCUUAAUUCUCAUUUGCACACUUUUUACAUUUCAAAGUCGAAGCGAAACUGAAAUUGAACCUCAAGUUACUUUAUUAAUAUACAUUCCAGGUUUAUUUUGAAUUAUUGUUUUGUGCACUGUAUUACAGAACAUUUUUUGUUAAUCUGUCUUCAAAAUAUAGUAACUUGUUCUACCCAUGAAAUUACUUUUUUUUUUAUUUUUUAUGCUUGACAA